GCGCUUCGGAGGCGCGCAAGAGAGGUAAACAGUUCGCGAGGCGCGUUCUCGGUGGAUUCUUUAAUUCACCUUAUUCUCGGUAAUAAAACCUCGAAAAGGUUUUUAUUUCUUUCCGACUUCAGCUACAGUGAUAGCUAAGUUUGGAAAGGAGAGGACAGAGGAGUAACAUCCGUGCGAUUUGCCGUGCAGUUCGUGUGUUUUUCAGGAAAUCGCUCGACUUUGACCAGGAAUAUUAUUAUAUUUCGAUUUUAAUUCUAUUAUUGCACCAAAUAUACAGAGUGAAACAUGGAAAGCUCAAGUAAUAAAAAGGGCUGUUGUGAUUCUAUGCGUGACUUUUUCACAUCUGCGAAAUUUCUGAUCUAUGUUGGACAUGCUUUAUCAACCUGGGGAGAUCGCAUGUGGAACUUUGCAGUGGCUGUGUUUCUGGUCGAGUUGUACGGAAACAGUUUGCUCCUGACCGCCGUGUACGGCCUGGUGGUGGCUGGAUCAGUGCUGCUGCUCGGAGCCAUCAUUGGAGACUGGGUGGACAAAAACGCUCGGCUCAAAGUGGCCCAGACGUCUCUGCUCGUCCAGAACAGUUCAGUUAUCUUGUGCGGUAUCCUGCUGAUGCUGGUUUUCAACUUUAAAGACCAGCUCACACACCUCUAUAAUGGAUGGCUGCUGACGUUUUGCUACAUUAUGGUUAUCACCAUCGCCAACAUUGCGAACCUGGCCAGCACGGCCAUGUCCAUCACCAUUCAGAGGGACUGGGUGGUGGUGGUGGCUGGAGAUGACCGCAGCAGCCUGGCAGAUAUGAACGCCACGGUGAGAAUCAUCGACCAGCUGACCAACAUCCUGGCCCCGAUGCUGGUGGGCCAGAUCAUGGCGUUCGGUUCCCAUUUCAUGGGCUGUGGUUUCAUCUCAGGCUGGAACCUCUGCUCAAUGUGUCUGGAGUACUUCCUGCUGUGGAAGGUGUACCAGAAAACUCCAGCGCUAGCCAUCAAGGCAGGACAGAAAGACUCUGAAAACCAGCAGUUGAAGCAGCUCAAUGUUCAAGGAGAACUGGAGAACGGUGAAGGCCUGGCUGAGGGUUCACAGCUGAUGAACGAGGGAUCUGUGGUGAAGUCCGAGACAAAGGAGAAGCAGACCUGCUGCUAUCAGAUGUCUGAACCCCUGCGCACUUUCCGUGAUGGCUGGGUCGCCUACUACAACCAGUCCAUCUUUUUCGCUGGCAUGUCGCUAGCCUUUCUGUACAUGACCGUCCUGGGCUUCGACUGCAUCACCACGGGUUACGCUUACACACAGGGCCUGAAUGGCUCCAUCCUCAGCAUGCUAAUGGGAGCCUCGGCUGUUUCGGGUAUCUGCGGCACCGUGGCCUUUACUUGGGUGCGCAAGAAGUGCGGCCUCAUCCGGACCGGGUUCUUUGCCGGCAUUGCUCAGCUGUCCUGCCUCAUGCUCUGCGUCGUGUCUGUUUUUGUCCCCGGCAGUCCCUUUGACCUGAGCGUCUCUCCCUUCCAGAGCAUGAUAAGCCACCUCCUCGGGGACAACGUGCCGCUGCCUGAGGCUCCCACCAUGGCCAGCUUGAUCACCGCCAAACCCCAGGAGAUGCUCAACAUUUCCACCAUGCAGGCUGAAGAAGUCCCGUACAUCGAGUCUUAUCUGUCUGUCAGUCUUCUUUUCGCUGGAGUUAUUGCUGCUAGAGUGGGUCUUUGGUCUUUCGACUUGACCGUGACCCAGCUCAUCCAGGAGAACGUUGCCGAGGAGGAGCGAGGGGUCAUUAACGGCGUCCAGAACUCCAUGAACUACCUCUUGGACCUGCUGCACUUCAUCAUGGUGAUCCUGGCGCCCAACCCCGAAGCUUUCGGCCUGCUCGUCAUCAUCUCCGUGUCCUUUGUCGCCAUGGGGCACAUAAUGUACUUCAGAUACGCCUUCAGGAACCUCGGGGCUCGGCUGUUCCUCUGUUGUUCGCCCGAGCAGAAAACGGAUAUAGACACACCCUCACUUCCUUCCGUGUAAGCCGUUCAGAAAGACACUUUCUUAUCCAUGCUACGAGGAUGUGGGUGUUUUUUUAAUUUUCAUUAUUGCUCAGAAACACUGCUAAGAUAAGUCGUACUCUCGACAACGUGUCCAUUCGCCUCCGAGACGCUCCAAGACACAAAGGAAAAAAAACCCACGCGUAAAAAUGCCAUCGCUCGUUAUUUCCCUUUUAUCGUGCUGCAUGUGACCUGUAUUUAUUCCCGCUUUGCUACUGCAUGCUUUAUUCAGUACCGUUUCAGCCGUAUCGUUACCUAGCGCUUCGUUUGCUGUUUUUUUUAUUCUCGCAGUUCAGGGGUCGCAUUCAGGAAUACACAAGAUCAAGAUCGUUGUCUGACUUGCGUCUGAUCCAUAGUCACUAUGUCAGCCGUGGUGGUGCUAAUGUGUUACUGCAAAAGCCUUGCACUCGCUCGCGCAGUUUUAUUAUUUUUUACUCUCUUAAAAUCCAAGGUGGAAUUGACAACCACAUCAGGGUGAGUGAGGGGAAAACAUCCGUCUGCCUUUAUAUACAUUCCAGGUGUUCUGUGAAUAGAUUCUAGUACAGUACAAUACAGCAUAAUAUCAUAUAAUAAAUAGCCUUUUCUGCUUUGUAAGCUGAUGCCACCUUGAGGUUUUUUUUUUUUUUUUUUUAUAUAUAUAUUUUAAUCAAAAAACAUGAGCAAUGCAUUAACCUGCAAUAUAUUAUAGUCGAUAAUAUAGUCGAUACGUUAAAACAGCUAUUUUUCUUUUUUUGUCGCACAUGGCAACCUAUCGGGGGGUUAUUUUAAGAAGUUGGCUCUUUGAGUUAUUCUGCAUGUUCAAAUCAACAGCCUUUGAUUUCAGUCGUGCAAACUUUUAUUCUUUCCUUAUUUUCUUUUUUUUUCCUUCUACCCCAAGAUUUUUCAAACACAAGCACUUUAAGUGAUUAAGGCUUAUUUAGCGCGUCAAUGCACAUUCAGGUCCAUUUAACAUUUUGCACAAUUUCCUGCCAUAGCAGGGUUCCAGCUGCACAGAUCCAGCUUUAAUAAUAAAAAAAAAAAAAGAAAGAAAAGAGAAAUUGUACAAGGUGAAAAAGAAGAAGAAAACCAAACCACCAUCCUCAGCCCUGAAUACAUCGGUCUUGCUUCGAGUACAAAGUAAACACGGCGUAUUUAAUCUUUCAGCAUGGGUUUGGAGGGACGUGUCGAACAUCCUGCCAAACCAGAAAGUGCAGACUGCAGAAACUUCCUCUGCGUUUUUGUGUCAUAAAGAAGGUUUGAGAGAAGCAGGUCAGCUGUAGAGGACAUCGAGGGUGUUCUUCAGCUGAACGCUGAGUCAGCGUCGAAGGAAAUGAAGGGCAGCUGGUCUCUGUCUGCACACGCAGGUGUUCUAACAAGAAGUUGAUUCUUUUUUUUUUUUUUUUGCCCCAACUAACAUGAGCACAUAUCCAGCAACAGAACCGGACAACUGUUAAAUGUUAAGAUUCUUGCUUCAGGUCUUUUACCUCAAACUCAAACUUGGCUAUUUAGCUAUUUACUACUUUACUGAAUGUUUGUGACAAAGAAAUGAUGUAUUGUCUUUGAUAUACGAGUCUUUUUUGUACAUCUGUAAAAUUUUUGGUGUUUGUGUGUAAGUAUAUAUAUACACACACACACACACACACACACACAUACACACACACUCGCAUACAUAUAUAUAUAUAUUCUAGUGUUGUGUUCUAUUGAAAGGUCUGUCAGCUUUCCUGCUUUAAUCCUUAUGUUAUAGUGUUAUAAUGAAACAUCUCUGUAACACGCCGUACGAGACACGAGCUCGACAGACGUGUGAUGCGGUGACGCUCCACUCAGAUGGAGGAACUGCAAACAGCUCAGGAGUUGUAUGUUUCACGUGUAUGGUUUAAAAAUUUGCAAUAAAGACGUUUUUUUUUCUCCA